AGUCUAUACGCACAAUGAUUGACAGAAAAAGGCUUGGCUACAUCAAGUGCUCGACAGGCACUGUAGUAAGGACUGAGGUAGCAACUAUAGAAGAAGUUUACCAUCAAUACUUGGCGGAAGAAAUAUAAAGGAAGUAGGAGUAGAAAUGGCUGAGGGAAAAAAGGUUUUUGAUGGAGAUCAAAAGAGCAACAAUGGAAGUGAUUCAUCUCAAGUUCAGAACACAUCUCAAGUGUUGUCCCAAAAGCGGCCAUCACCCUUUGACUUAAAUGAAGAAGCCAUUAGUGAAGAGAACAGUUCUACUGACACUGCUAGGGAGGAGGAGGAGGAGGGGGAGGAUGAAGCAGCCAGUCGAGGGAAUUCACAGAAGAACACAAGCUCUGGGGAAGGGAGUGAGAGGACAAGUACAGUUAGGCAAUACGUUCGGUCAAAAAUGCCAAGGCUUCGUUGGACUCCUGAUCUUCAUCUUGCUUUUGUUCAUGCUGUUGAAAAGCUUGGUGGGCAAGAGAGAGCAACUCCCAAGUUAGUUCUUCAGUUGAUGAAUGUGAGAGGACUAAGCAUUGCACAUGUUAAAAGCCACUUGCAGAUGUAUCGAAGUAAGAAGCUGGAUGAGUCUGGUCAAGCUUUGUCUCACACAAAUAGGGCAAUGCAAGGUCUAGAUCACCUUCCUGAAAUGUUCUACCAAAGGGCAGGUCCUCACCAACACUACACUAUGGACAGUCAUAGCCUUUUUCUAUGCAAGAAUAGCCAUAACCCUAAUCCUGUCCAUAGUUUAUUUAAGUCUCCCCUCUCCCAACAGCCAUUUGAUUUUACAGUUAGCUCCUCCAGACAUCAAGAAUGGGCUUUCAGUCAGAGUUCUGCUCAAAGGCCGAUGACGGAAUCGACGAAGGAUCAUGGAUUAUUCAGGAGUUCUAAUCAUGAUAUAAUCUUCAAACAGGAUGAAAAACAAUCAACCUCACACCUGUUUGAUGUUAGGAAUGCAAUUACAGGGAUUGGGCCUACUCGGCGUAGCCAUUUUCUUGAGGAGAAGAGAUGGCCACCCCGAGAAAUGAUUGUCAAUCAAGGAAAGGAUAGGAGAAUCCCAGCAAACAUAGAUUGGGCUGGGAGUACUCCGGAUUAUCUCCCCACAUGGGGUGCCAUCUCACAUGGAUCUCACCGUUCAUGGGGUGCAGGACCCACCUCCACUAGUUCGCAACCUCUAACAAUGCAACCUUCUGAAUGGAGUACCAACAACAAUAGCAUCACCAUCAAACUUUCUCAUUCCAACUCAUGUGAUCCUGUAGUCAUUUCAGAUGAUUUUGAACCAGAAUAUGAGCCCCCAUUUAGGCUUGAGGUACAAAGGUCUCUGGGAAAUGAGCCAAAGGCAGAAGAGAUUGCAGGUAUAAAGAAGAACAAGAGAGAAGAGAAAAAAUGGUUGCCCAAUUUGCAGCUGAGUUUGAGCCAAAACUUCAAGGAAGAAGACAAGAAAGGGGGCCAUGACAGCCCACCAAGAGAAGUCAAUAUCAAUCUUUCUCUAUCUUUAUUCCCUUCUUCAUCAAGGGAACAGGCACAGCCUAGUGAAAAACAAAUAAUGGAUAGUGACCAAAUUAAAAACUGGUCUUUACAAACAAAUUGAUUGUAGCAAGGAAGGCCACAAUGAGGCUGAGUACUUAGGAUCUGACCAUGCCGAGUUGAGCAUUGGGUGAGACCUUGUAAGUACUUGUCUUAGAGGCCAUAAGAAACAAUAUUGUUAUGCUGCUUACAAUAAUGUAUGCCCUACCAACUUAAAUUGUUU